UUGGUGAUUGGACGAGGCCGACGCCGCGGGCGGUGCGUCGGCAGCAGGGGCAGCCCGAGGCCGCGUUUGAAAGACGCGACUCUGCGUGGGCCUCGCGCCGAGAGACGUGAGGCGCAGGCUGAGGCCGGGAGGAGGACGCAACGGUGGCGACGGGCGGCAGCCGUCGAGCGCCGGGCCUGCGGCUAGGCUUGCCGCUGGCCAGCCGGCUGGCUGCGGGGUGCAGUCGGGAAGGCACAAAGGACAGCCUCGGUGAGAAAAUGUCUGCCAAAAGUGACUGGUUUCAGAGUUCCAGGGCCCCUAGCUUUGCUCAGAUGCUGAAAAAGAACCUGCCAGUUCAGCCGUCAACCCAGAAGGUCACCACAUCGGCAGGCCAUGCCGCGGAAAGUUACAGCCUGUCGAAUAUGGCCUCCAAGGUUACGCCAGUGACGGGUAAUUUUCCAGAACCUUUGCUUUCCAAAGGUCUUUCAUCUAGUUCAAAUCCUGUCCUUCCUCCAAAAAAAAUACCUAGGGAAUUUAUAAUGAAGUACAAACGUGGAGAGAUAAAUCCUGUGUCAGCCUUGCACCAGUUUGCACAAAUGCAACGGGUUCAGCUUGACCUUAAGGAAACCGUAACAACAGGUAAUGUUAUGGGACCAUAUUUUGCUUUUUGCGCUGUGGUGGAUGGUAUUCAAUAUAAGACUGGAUUGGGACAAAAUAAAAAGGAGUCCAGAUCCAAUGCCGCAAAAUUAGCACUUGAUGAGCUUCUACAAUUGGAUGAACCUGAACCUGAGCCAAGAGUCCUAGAAGCAUCAGGUCCACCUCCUAUACCUGCAGAACCAGUUGCUACACCUGAGCCAUCGUAUGUUUCCAAAGUACAUUAUGAAGGAAGAUAUGUACAGAAUGCAAAGUUUUCAAAGAUCGUUGAAGAAACAUUUAACCAGCUGAUUUCUAAUUCUGAAUAUCUGAAAUGUAGCAGUUCAUUGGCUGCUUUCAUAAUAGAAAGAGCUGGACAUCAUGAAGUUGUAGCUAUAGGCACAGGUGAAUACAAUUACAGUCAGUGCAUUAAACCAAAUGGAAGAGUAUUACAUGACACCCAUGGUGUAGUUACAGCAAGAAGGUCUCUCCUGAGGUACUUUUAUAGACAACUUCUGCUCUUCUAUAGCAAAAAUCCUGCUAUGAUGGAAAAGUCAAUCUUUUGUACAGAACCAGCUUCUAAUCUUCUCACUCUUAAACAAAAUAUCAACAUUUACCUCUAUAUGAACCAGUUGCCUAAAGGAUCAGCCCAGAUUAAGUCCCAGCUACGUCUUAAUCCACAUUCUAUAUCUGCAUUUGAAGCCAAUGAAGAACUGAGUCUGCAUGUGGCUGUUGAAGGCAAAAUUUAUCUGACAGUUUACUGUCCUGCAGAUGUUGUUAACAGAGUAAGCAGUAUGUCCUCAAGUGAUAAAUUGACAAGAUGGGAAGUGCUUGGUGUACAAGGAGCAUUGCUGAGUCACUUUAUACAGCCAGUUUAUAUCAGCGGUAUACUUGUUGGUGAUGGGAAUUGCAGUGAUACUAGAGGCUUAGAAAUUGCUAUAAAACAGCGUGUUGAUGAUGCACUUACUUCGAAACUUCCAAUGUUUUACUUGGUCAAUAGACCUCACAUUAGUUUGGUACCUUCUGCAUAUCCACUUCAAAUGAACUUGGAUUAUAAAUUCCUGAGUCUGAAUUGGGCACAAGGAGACAUUUCUCUGGAGAUUGUGGAUGGCCUAAGUGGGAAGAUCACUGAAAGCUCCCCAUUUAAAAGUGGUGUGUCAAUGGCAAGUCGCCUUUGUAAGGCUGCAAUGUUAAGUCGAUUUAAUCUGCUUGCCAAAGAAGCUAAAAAGGAAGAUUUACUUGAAGCUAGUACCUAUCAUGCAGCUAAGAAGCUCUAAACAGAUGGAUCUUGCCUGAUGUUGAUGGCUGCUGACUGAUCAAAGUGUGUAUGUCUGCAUCCUAUCAAGAAGCUAAAACUUUGUUGAAAGCCUACCUACAGCAACACGGCUAUGGCUCCUGGAUUGUGAAAUCUCCCUGUAUAGAGCAAUUUAGUAUGUGAAUUAAGCAAUCCCUUGUCAUAAUAAAAAUCUUCUAUUUUUUG